CAACAGCGUUUUGUCAGCAAAAUGAGCACAAGUCGGCAGUAGAAGCUGGAAAAGGUGCAUCUCUAGGGAAUCUGGUAGAGAAGAUCACUUCAAGGCGGCGAUGGCGGGGGAGGGGAACUAUCACAAGGCUCUCGCCCACAACAAGCGGCGUCUCAAGGACUACCAGGAGGUCCACUUCAGACGGAGCACUGUGUGUGAAGGAGGCGGCUCUGGCAAAUAUGCAUCGUCGACCACCCGCAACAGCAUCAUCAGUGCAGGUAGCUCGGGGUCAGGGUCCAGGACAGGUAUCACGCUGGCUCCUCGCCGGACCUCCCGAGCCCAGGCCCAGCUGGAGGGAGUCUUUAACCCCAGCACCGCCUCCCUUUACCUCCGUCAGAACGAGGGGGUGUGGCUCUGUCCCCACCUCACUCGUCAGGAGGCUAUAGCUUCACUCUUCGACAGACCUAUUGGAACGUUCAUAGUCCGCAACUCGCAGAAGGCUCGCUAUGCCCUCAGUGUCAGAGUCCCAAAAGACGACCCAGCUGUCUCCCACUUCCUAAUUGAGGCCAAUCAACAGGGGUUUCUGACCAUCCAGGGAUCGAAUCUUCCUUUCCUCUCCAUCUACGACCUUCUGGCCUACUUCUGCUUCUACAAAAGUGGAGGGAUGCCUUGCUACCUGGCCAAGCCAGUCACAGAGACUGACCAGAAACCAGAUAUUCCUGAUCAGGAAUCGUCAGAUUCCUCUGAUGAAGAUGAAGAUUUGAAUGAGUUCCGCCAGCAAGGGUUCGAUCUGAGUGUCUCUCCCCCCGCUUCCUCCCCUCCUCCCCUCGUACCGCCCCAUCGCACCCCUGGCCCCGCCUCCAACCACACCCCUCAACCACACCUACACUCGGUCCGAGAGGAAAUAUUCAUCGACUCCCUGAAACAGUCUCACUACAUUCAGGACAUGAAGGAGAGAAUUUCACGCUCAACGUCACGUUCCCCCACCCCUCCUCCUCCCUCCCCGCCCCCCGGAGAGAGUUUUAAAAAGCAACCGCCCCCCAAGCCCCCUCGGGGCUCCACUCUGUUAGAAGACGAUGUGUUCCCUCCUCCAGUGGAAGCACAGAAAGUCAUCCGUAAGGUCGACGGUAUGGUCGACAUGGACUCCAGAAAAUUGUACCAUAACUACCGUAGGAUUGGACUGAAAAGGGAGGGGAAAGGGGAGGAGCCUGAGUUAAUUGAGGGGAAGUCCCGGCUCCAACGGCAGAUGUCGUGGAGUUCGGAGGACCUGAGGAAGAAGAGGAGAAAGGUCACGUCUAUUGUAAAGAUGUUUGAGGAUGGAGAUCCCUCUUCGUUGGCCCUAUCGACAGGGUCUCCUCCUCCUCCCUUCAGAAAUAGGAUACCGGGGGGUUCAGCGAGGGAACACUCCGCCCCUGCUCUUCCGCCCCGCCCACCCCGCCCGACCCGCCCACCGAAACCCUCGGCUUCAACCUUUAAUCCUCCCACCGUUCCUCCGCACACCCCAGUACCCCUCCUUCCUCCUCGACCCACCGGCAGAAUGGUCCGGGCUCCAUUUGUCCCAGCUCGAGAACGCUCGUCCUCUGAUUCAACUUUCUCAAACAAGUCCCGACCCCCGCCCCCUCCUCCAGGGGACACAAUUUUACACCCUCUCAUACCCCCAAAACCUGGUAGUGAGGGUCACUAUGAGUUUGACCAGGAGCUGAGGUUGAAGUUGGCGGCUACAAGACGGAAAGCGGCUGAGGAGGGAGAGGAGGAGGGAGCGAGAAACCUGAUGAACAGGUUACUGGACCCGGGACCCGAGGCCAGGGUCAACGGGGUCGCGGUUGGCAGUGUGUCGGUGGGCGGAGUCAGCGAACCGGAGAGGGGACUUCUGAUCAGCACCAGUAGCGAGGGGGGAGGGAAGGAGAGGUCAAAGUCCAAGAAGAUUGGUUGGGCAAAGAAACUGCCAAAGUUUUACAGAAAACCUCGCAAGAAAGUCAGGAAAUUCAUUGUCGAUCUGGCUGCUGAUCCCAGUCAGGAGUUCAGUCAGAAAGUGGCAGAGUUUGUGUCUGACAUCAAGGCCCGCAGCAAGGAGCCCUACCAGAAGCUGCUCUCAGAGGCACGUUACGAAAUUGUACUCAACAAUAUCAGGAACUUCAUGACCCAGAUGCACGACUACCUCCUACAGAACCACCACGGGGACAUGGUCAACAGUGGCAUGGAUUCGUGCAGCAACUUUGAACAUGUGGUUGAGACCUCGCUGCAGCAGUGUGUCCUGGGCCCUCUCUCUCUCUACGUGUACCUGGGGAUAGAGGAGCACCUCAUGGAGGGCGGGUCUCUGUUUCAGGUCCAGCGCUCCGUUCACCAGGGGAAGAACAGGACGCCGCAGGAGAUGGGGAUAAGAGAGAACCUGACUGUGCCAAGUGACAAGGCCAUCUCCGAGAUUGGGUCUAUCUUCAGCCGGAUGACAAAGACUUACUGUGCCAUCUCCAAACUGGAAUUCUUACUGGAGGCCGUGAGACUCACCUACGAGAACGUGAAAGACUCAAAGAAUCCCAAGAAAUCAAUGAACGAUUUGGGAGCUGAUGACUUUCUGCCACUGUUUGUGUGGGUGUUGGUUCAGUCUGGCUUCACCCGGGCGGAGAUCGAGGCGGAGUACAUGUGGGGCCUCGCCCACCCCUCCCUCUUCAACGGAGAGGCUGGUUACUACCUCACUACCCUCACCAGUGCCAUCAACGUUCUGAAGGAGACGCAGCCAGCAGUGCCUGCCUUCCCCAGAGAGUCUGAGGAGGGAGGCAGUAUAGAGGAACAGAUACAGAACCUCCCCUGCAUGAACAAUCUCCAGACAGAGCUGAAGAUAUUCUUUGAGGACGCCUCCACGGGUCAGUACUCCUCGGCAUACCGACUCGCCGUGGUCCCAGACAUGACUGUGGCCGAGGUCUGCGACGUCAUCGCCCAGAAACACUGCAAGACUAACCCGGAGAGAUACGGCCUCUUCACCGUGGUGGAAGGACAAGUAUCAGAGAUGGGAAGUGAGGAGAAACCACAGGAGGUCAAGAAACAGUGGGCUCUGGAGCUGUCCGCAUCUGCAGGUCACGUCAUCAACAGGCAACCUUCUGCUCGCUUCAUGGCUUACAGACUCAAACAUUCCAACUGAUGUCAUCAUUACAUCACUGAAAAUUGGACACAUCACUAUUUUCACACAAUUUACAGGCACCGAAUGACUUCAUCAUUACAUCAAAAUCCCACACAAAGAUGCAUCAAUUUUUUGUGGAUCUGUAAAAAUUUUCCACCACCAAUUUUUUGUGGGUCUGUUGAACGUUUCUAUUGUGAGAGUCGGUCAAGUUCAGAAAUGAAAUGGGUGCACUUGUCCAUGAGGACUUUGACUGCCUCCACUACCAGUAGAUCUGGGGCCAGUGCUCCUGUGGACUCCACUGAGAAUAUGAAAUGUUCUCUGACACGAGACAGUCUCACACAGUCCUUCAGCUCCUCGUGACGCAGCACCUCUCUACUGCAGGAGUCCAGACGUGGGUUUGCCACUCUCGCCCUCUUCUUACCUGCCACACAAUACACUCCUGAGGAUUAUUCACUGCACACUCCAGCUAUAGUAACACUAUUCAGGACUGUU